UCUUGUACUUCCCGAGACACAUGAUUAGUGAGUGGAAUUUCUGGCAAAAACCUUCCCUGCUGUUUAAGCCACGGUAUUUGUUCUCUGUCUAUGAUUGAAUACAUAUGUAUUAAUUAAUCUGCAAAAGACAUGGCUUCACUGUGGAAAGACUGUGUCAGACAGACGUUUGAAUCCCAGCUCUCCCCCUCCAAGUGGGGUUCACCGGCCAGCAUCGCCAAGGAGCUUGUGAGAAAUGUAGACUCCGUCCAACGCCAGGUUUCAUGAAUCAGAAUCUGUAUUUGUGUAUGAUUCUCAAGUGAAUGGUAUGCCCAUUACAGUUAGAGAAGCAUUGAAAUAGACCUGUUACUAUCUGAGGCUUCUUAUAAAAGGGUGUGAUACCGGUUUCCCUGUAGGAGUGUCGGGGUUCGGUGGAAUGCAGCAGUUAAAGCAUCUAGAACCUAAGGGGUGCCGUGAUUGCUCCUUUCCCCCAUAGCCAAAGGCAUGUGCUUCACGUAAGCAGGAGGAAUACUGAUACUUUUAUAGAAAUGAUUUUUAAGUUUCUCCUGUUUUCAUGAUCUCAAAUGAAAGACCCAGGCGAGACUCAGGUUCUCCAAGCAAGUGUCCUAGGUCCCCAGUGAGAACUCAGCUCUCCCCUGUAUGAGGAGCACUCCGUGCUUUUAUCGGUCACGGACACAGCCCUGCCGGCUCAGUCAGGAACUUGAGCUGGGCUCAGGAACCGAGCCCAACCCACCGUCUCAUCCUCCACAGAUCUGGGCACAGGGUGUGGGCACAGGGUGCUGUCACAUGGCUCCGGGGCAGUUAAGGUUUGAGGAAUUGUGGACGGUAUAGCAAUGAGGCGAGAGACGAAGUGUUAUCGUUCCUCUUCCGGGUCAGCAAGCUUCCAGCGUUACUGCCGUUUAUGUGGCUCCCGCUCGCUCGGCAUCGGGAAGGUUCUCAGAAUAACCCAUCUCUUCAUCCCCCCCUUAACAGAUGUGCUGUUCUAUCACUUCCUUCACCACGUGACCAGCUGGAAACGGACGCAGAUCAUGGUCGUGUUUAACAUGCUGGACUGGAACGCUACGGGCGAGAUUGGUUUUGACCAGUUCUACAUGUUGGUAUGCAUCCUGCUGGCACAACAGAACCACUUGGAAGAGCAAUUUAUCUUCCGCCAUUCCCGGCCUGUCUUUGAGCUGCUUGACCUGGACGGGGAGCUGAGAAUUGGUCCAGACAACUUCCACAUGUACAACUUUCUCUUCAAUAUUAAGAAACAGGACCUCAAAGAGCUCUACCAUGACUUUGACAUCACAGGUGACCGUGUAAGUGCAGAUUCCUUAAGUGUGACCUGGCAGCCUCUCUGUCCAAAGGCAGAGAGAAUGUCCUACUCUCUACUGUAGACACAGAUGGGGAAAACCUGCUCGAGCAUGUCAUGGCACUGGGAUCAGAAAAAACUGAAGAGAUUUAU